AUGAAGUGUUUUAUCGUGAUUGUGUGCCUUGUUGAGAUUGUAUUGGGAGCUCCAGCAGAGCAGAGCAUUGCCGAACAGACUCAACAGACGAUUGCAAAAAUUCAAGAGAAUGCACAAGAAGCUGUCAAGAAGAUUAAUACGCAACUUUUGGAAGUAUCUGGUGCAUCAAAUAAUGUUGACUUGCUGAGCAGAUUCCAGACUGGUGCUGAGUCAUAUGCUAAGAAUAUUAAGGGAGUUGCUGAUCAACUAUCAACGCAAGCAACUGAAAAUAAACAAGGAGUCGAUGCCAUCAUCAAAAAUGUCGCAACUCAGCUCUCAGAAUCAGCAGCUAAGCUUUUAGCAAACAAUGAUCAAACAAAAGUCACUCAACUCAGAUCCACCUUCCAGAAUGUCAUUGAUCAAGCUGAUAGUCUUAAUACUCGUCUUCAGACUGAAGGAACAAACAUCCAAUCGAUCUUUGCUGAUACACUCUCAAAACUUUAUGAGAACACACUCUCAGCUGCAAAGAAUGUCGCUCAACAAAUUGAUGCUGCACAGGCACCAAAAACUACAUGA